AUGGCAACAAUAACCGAUGCCCAACACUACCUUCUCUACUUCCUCAUAUGCUAUCUCUCAACCCUCCUACUUAGAUCCUUGUUCAACAAAUACCCCACCAAGCCAACCCCUCAACUUCAUCCUCCUCCAAGCCCACCGGCCCUCCCAGUAAUUGGUCACCUUCAUCAUCUAACCACAGCUCACUAA